CUCUCUGUCUGGCUCGUGUUCCUCCUCCUCUUUUUCUUUCGUCAAUAUUUCGGUAUUUCCUUUGUCUUUUCUUCCUCUUCUUAUUCUUCGUUAGUUUUCAAGUCCUAAGGGUUUUGAGUGGUUUUCAGAUCUGGAAGUCUCUAUAGUUUCCAUCGGAGCAACUCUACAUAUCUUUGGCCUUCUCUUUGGAAAAUUGGUUUCUGCUGGAAAUAUUGCAAAUAAAUUCAUAUACUGAAAGGGCUUUAUGAAUAGGGAGUUCAAUACAACCAGAAUCAGAAUGGAUCCGACCCCUAUUGAAUUGGCCAAGGGUUAAUGAAGCUUAAUGGUUUAUUCACUAGGAGCACGAGAAGCUCCAGAGAACUCUUUACAUCAGUAUUAAGCAGUCUUAUCAAAGGUUUCUUUCCAAGAGAUGUUAUAAGAUAUAAUUGGUAAAAUUAAGUUUAUUGAAAGAUUUUGCAAAACUUUGCCUGGGAUAUAGUGAAAAUGGACAGAUCAGAUACAUCAGGCUUUGUAAGUGGUGGAAGCUGUAUAUUGGAAUUUGUUUUUCUAGCCUUAAACUUCUGGUAGUUAUGUGAGUAUUGUAGUAGCAUGUGGUGAACUGUUCUGCUACUUCAACCCUCUGUAGCUGUUGUGCACAACAUCUGGAUAAUGGAUUUGAACAUGAAAGCUUUACUGUCUCCUCAUGAUGCUGAACUUAGGAAGGAUGACAACUUUGGUGAUACUACAUUAUGCUUGAAUGGCAUUGGCUUUGGAGAAACAAGUAAGACUAGUUAUACAUGUACUGAGAGCAAUCUUGGGAUGAAGUUUUCCAAUGUUUCUGAUGAUGGCUGCAGAUUGGUUCUGGGAUUGGGCCCAACCCCUAUGGCAUAUGGCGAUGACUACAACAAUUUGGGGUUGAAUAUGAAGAAAAAGUCAGCCAACCUUUUUACUCAGCAUGUGCCAUCUGAAUGUGAAUCAAUCCUUCAACUUGGUCUUUCGGGUGUAACAAAUGAGGCAUCAAGUGUGCUUGACUGCUCAGGUUCAACUGAGACUGAUGUGAAUAUGUCAUGUUUCUCAAGCCAAACUUCUUCAGAAAAUUAUUAUUCAAGGAUUCCUGUUGUUGAUGAGGGUUCUACCUCAGCAAAGAAAUCAGGUGGCUAUAUGCCAUCACUUCUUUUAGCUCCAAGAAUGGAUAGCGCUGAAAGUUCAGUGCAGACACAAGAAUUUAUUGUUGGAAGUAAACCUCAACCGUGCCCAGAACCAUCCAAUGGUGUAGAUUACUCACUUGGCACUGUAUCUGGGCCCCAGGAUACAGGGAUAACUCCAGAGAACCGAACAAGCAACCCUAAGAGAUGUAGAUUUUUUGGCUGUACGAAGGGAGCUCGAGGUGCUUCGGGGCUUUGUAUUGGACAUGGUGGUGGACAGAGAUGUCAGAAACCUGGAUGCAACAAAGGUGCUGAGAGCCGAACUGCUUAUUGCAAGGCCCAUGGUGGAGGGAAGAGGUGCCAACACUUGGGAUGUACUAAAAGUGCUGAGGGGAAGACGGAUUAUUGCAUUGCUCAUGGCGGUGGUAGGCGAUGUGGGUAUCCAGGUGGGUGCAACAAAGCUGCACGGGGUAAGUCAGGACUUUGCAUUAGACAUGGAGGGGGUAAGAGGUGUAGAAUAGAAGGUUGCACUCGGAGUGCUGAAGGGCAGGCUGGGUUGUGCAUCUCUCAUGGAGGUGGACGCCGUUGUCAGUACCAAGAAUGUAAUAAGGGUGCACAAGGGAGCACUAUGUAUUGCAAAGCACAUGGUGGUGGGAAACGAUGCUCAUUUGCAGGGUGUACCAAAGGUGCUGAAGGAAGCACCCCAUUGUGUAAGGCACAUGGUGGGGGGAAGCGCUGCCUUUUCAAUGGAGGUGGCAUUUGCCCAAAAAGUGUGCAUGGAGGCACUAACUUCUGUGUUGCUCAUGGUGGUGGAAAGAGGUGUGCUGUUGCAGGUUGCACCAAGAGUGCACGUGGCCGUACUGACUGUUGUGUCAGGCAUGGUGGGGGGAAGCGAUGCAAGUAUGAAGGCUGUGGGAAGAGUGCUCAAGGGAGCACAGAUUUCUGCAAGGCACAUGGUGGAGGAAAGCGAUGUAGUUGGGGAGAUGGAAAGUGUGAGAAAUUUGCAAGGGGAAAGAGUGGACUCUGUGCUGCUCACAGCAGCUUGGUGCAGGAGCGGGAAAUGAACAAGGGCGGUCUGAUUGCGCCAGGACUUUUCCGUGGUCUUGUACCUUCUGCUUCCACUGCCUGUAGCAGUUUUGAGAACAAUUCUUCCUCAGGUGUCAGUGUUCUGUCCGACUCCUACGAUUCCAUGGAAACUCCAGCAAAAAGACAGCACCUGAUACCCAAGGAGGUGCUAGUUCCGCUCUCGAUGAAAUCACCAUCUUAUUCAAGCUUCUUGGCUGCCAAGAAGUCGGACCAAGACAGAAACUGCCAAAGCUUGGCCGCAGGCGGCAGUGGUGCUCAGAAAGGCAUUGACUUUAAUCUCCCGGAGGGCAGGGUCCACGGCGGCGACCUCAUGUUGUAUUUUGGAGGGAAUCUCAAAAAUGCACUUGACGACAUCUGAAAUGGGAGAGGGAGCCGGUGUCGCGCAAGUUGUAGAUUCAUUUUAGGAAUUAGGGACCAUUUCCAUCAUGGAAUUCUGUAUAAUGCUUUGUUGCUGCUUGUUCAAUAACUGUGUAUAGUUGGGUGUUUAUUAUUAUUAUUAGCCAUUAGGCUCUUCCUAUUGUUUGUAGUGCUUUGUCUGUAAGGUGGCUUUCAUUAUUCAUUCUAAGAUGGUGAACUUGCUGCAAUUUAAUCAUUGUAAUAUUCUUAAACAUCUAUUUUUAUUGUUUUAAAAAUAAAAGCGGUGAAAACUGAAGACCACAUCUGCUUUGUGGCCUUGUUUCGCA